AGCCAACAUUUGCUUGCAUAUUGCUACUUAAGAAUGCUUGACUUCGGUGUAAAAUUGAGCAAUUUAGUUUCCAAUAUAAUGCGAAUUAGUCAUUCCACAGCGGGUGGUUAGUUAACCAUUGUUCAAUCUUCCUUGCGGGUUCUUUUUAUUGCUGAAACAGCAUCUAAUUACGGCAUUGUUUUUUCCUUCCUGAGCAGGAAGUAGACUUGUAAUGAAAUGUUUUUCUCGAUAUACCAGGAAAAGUGUAACUGCUAACUUGAUAUUUUGACGGAGCAACAAAUGCCUUAUUGCAUAUACCCGUCAUAUAAGUGGUUUCUAAGUGCGUGUUCUAAGCAAAGCCGAUCAUCUCAAGGAAGAGUUAAAACGAUUGGCGCCCAUUGUUUCUGCUGAGCCUUACUGCACAUGUAAGGAAUAACAACUUUAUUGAAUAUCAGUAACACGCGGGCAAAGUCACGCCACGUCAUGCAUCGAGUGCGCGCGUGCUGAGCCAAUGAAAUCGCAGUUCUUACAAUGGGAGACAAGUGGAAUUUUAUUAGAUCUUAAUAGAUCGAAACUGCCAACUCAGCAUUUCUUAAUCUUCAACGAAGCACAAAUCUUAAUGAUGUAACAGCAACGGAAGAAACAUUUCAACGAACUGCUUUACCUGAAAAGAAAUAAGUCAAUCGCCUACUUCCCUAUUUUGAAGGGUCUUUGCGAAGCCACCCUUGGUGAUAGAAUUGAGUAAGCAUGUAAUAAACAAAAAGAGGGCAACCACAGAGAACUUCCUUUGAAAUUCUUGUCAUAUUUUAGUGCUGAAACGGAACUUUAUCACGACAUUGCUUUGUUCUUUCUUCCGCCCUGUGUGAAUCCGCCCUGUAUAUAGAGCUGUAUUUCAGAAUCUUUCGUAACAGUUCCGACAAGUCGUCAAACUGACUUAGUGACAUCAGGAAGGGCAGCUUUGUAAGGUUCUUGUGAGCGCAAAUUCAAGUUGAGAACGACCACCAAUCAUGUCAUCGGAAAGUGGAAUCGAUCUCACAGACAUGUCAUCAAUUGAAGGAGGUUCGUCAUCGGAGGAAACGUCACCCAGGAGAUCCGUGUUUCUUCCAUUUGAUGAGCUGAUGAAUAAAGUCAGAACAUUUGUUCGAGAAAGGGGGAUUAUGCUAGAGGACUACUUCCAUGAAUACGAUCCACUAAGGAAAGGAUCUGUUAAUGCCAGUGACUUUCAAAAAGCCUUUAAGGAGGCAUUUCCAGAUCUUCUAACAGAUGAACAGGUAGAAGAAAUUCAGAGCCACUACCUUGUUCAAGGAAGCGCUGAUUGUUGCAAUUGGCCAAAGUUUCUUCAUGAUGCUGAAACUGGAAUCACUGCUAAGCCCCAAGAUAACACCGUGGACUCACCAAAGGAGGUGGUACUUAAGAGAGUUGCUGAGAUGAUGAAGGGCAAAAUGGAUAUUUCGAAUCUACUAUCCAGAGCUCCCUCCAGGGAAUUUAACAGCAAUGGAUUUAUUGACCAAGAGUUUGACACGCAAGCAGAAGAAUUCUUUCAGCUUCUUAGUGUAGUCACAGAAAAAGAGGAUUUAAAGAUUAUCAUGGACCUGUACACAGACGAAAUGGGCUUCAAAUACCAAGAUUUCCUAAAAGAUUUGCAGAAACUGGAAGAUCGCCCGAAGGAAGCCAGAUCACCUCACACACAGGGAUACCUCAUUGAAAUUCCUGAAGAUCAAAUCCAGUCGUCCCAGAAACCAAGCAGAAGCAGCGGUCUAAGCAGAAGGCCUUUCACUAUUUCAUACGAAGCCUUGGUUUGGUUCGUCUUUCUGGUCGUGACGACACUGUGCAUUGUUGAUCACUUCGUCCUUAAAGGUGACGUGGUGCUUGGACGAAGUGGAAAGCUUCCUAAGCGUAUGUGGGGAACUAGCAUAGGUGAGACGAUCACCAAUGUCGUGUGGGCAGUCACAGCGCGCUUGAUCAUUACCUCUCAGAACCUAAUGUUCUACACGAUGUUGUGGUGCUUUUCAAACUUCAUCAGCGAGAUCGGUCCGAAGUGGAUCACGAUGAACGGAAUCCGUGAAGUUCAUUCUAGAAUUCAUACACUUGCUGGGAUCUUCCUGAUUGCCAUUCCGUCCCUUGCCCAUGUUCUAGUGAUCUUCGUUCCACCACUCAUAGAUGGAACCGAACUGAAGUAUUAUCCACCGAGUACCUUCAACUUCAGCAAGUACCCAGACCACCUGAACUGGUCAAAGUUCUGGGAUCCUGCAGCUGUUCAAGGCUGGACCUUUAACGACCACAACGGCGUUCAUCUGACCUCGGACGAGAUCUAUCGGUUCGUCCUCAUGAUCGUGAUAUUCUGCUUUUUCUUUCCACUAAGCAGAUCACAUUACGCAAACCAAAGAAGUUACUCUUUGGCAAUGGCCCUACACGUAUUUGCCGGAAUCUGGUACGCAGUUGACAACAUUCGAAAGAUCACCCACGGCCUGGCACACGUCACCAAUCUGCCCAUGCUGAUCAUCUGGUGUAUUGACAGAGCUCUCUCCAUUUGGAUCUAUCGGCAUCAUCGGGGUCGUAUUGUAAAGAAAGAACUGCUUGGAAACAACGAAUACGUCGUCGUGUACAUGAAACUCAACAACGGCGCAAAGCAUGCUGUUGGCGAUGUCUAUUAUCUACUACAAGAAAUGAAAGGAAACACAGGAAUACUGCCCCAGCGAUCUCAUCCCUUCACCACAUUUGCUAAUUUGUCGCAAGAUUCAACGUGGGACAUUGGUAUUGUGAUAUCCAUAAUGGAAGACGAAAAACAACUGUGCCUCCCAUGGACAAACUGGCUCGCUAACAGUGAGGAUACUUCAAAGUUCCACGUGUGGGGACCCUAUCGUUCAUCUGUUUGGAACUUGUACAGCCAGCUGGCAGACGUGCCAAACGAACAGUCGCCUUCGCACUACGUUCUCUUCGCGACAGGAUCUGGCUGUGGGUAUGUCCUGGAUGUCCUAAGCUUUCUGGCCUACAAUUCACAACCAUCUCAGCACGGAGGCAGAAAAAUAACAAUCGACAUUUUCUACUCGGUCCGAUGUAAGGCUUUUUACAAUUUUUGGCGGAAACCUAUCGACGAACUCCUCAAAAGGAUCAAAGAGAAGAGUGCUGCAUCCGUAAAGUUCCGUUUCUAUGUUACCAAUCCAGAGUUAGAAGAGGGCGAAGAUGAUCCAACAGAAACUCACAUCCAGCUCAUCAAUGGUCGAAUAGAUUUCGAGAAAGCCUUGAAAUGCGCAAACAAGAAGUCUAGUUGUUACUUUGUUGGAAGACCAGAAAUCGCUGAAUACGUUGAAAAAGCAUGUGAGAAAAAGGGGAUUAGGCUAGUGCAGGGUUACACAAACGGACGAGGAAAUGCAAAAGAUCGUCCUUUGUUGAUGAAGUAUCUUAAAAUAAGCUUUUGGAUUGUACUUUUCAUCACCGCUAUUUGCAUUGUAACAGGUAUUGUGAUUGAUAUUAGAAGUAUCAAACAGUCUGUUCAAACAUAUGCCUUUAAUAAGACCAAGUAAUAAUCUGAGGGAAGUUCUUAUUUUGUUAGAACCCUCGAAACAAGAGUCAAUAAAUCGUGAGCUUUUUUAUCAGGUUUUGCAGCACUUAGAUCUCGGUUUGAACAAGGUGUAAAAUAAAUUGAAGAAAUUUCUGGGAAAGUUUUUGGAAAUAGCUUUGGUUGCUUUCGUCUUUUGGCCUUUAAGUAGCUAACUAAGGCUAACUGCUAUUACAUCAAUCUCGUUACAUGACACCAUUUCGCUCAAAGGUUCCUAAAUUUCGGAAUAUAAUGUGGUUAUUUCUGCCGGAGAGACUGUUUUAGAAUUCUCUCGUUAUUAAUGUGGCUAUUUCUCUGAAAUAAGCUCGUCUUCAAGUUUUUGAGUUUUAUUUAGUGUCUUAUUUAUAUCAAUUAGAUAAAUACUUAGUAACAAAAUAGUUAAUAAUAGAUUAACUUCACACGUUUAGCUAACGUUUUUAUCAAGUCAAAAUGAGCGUUCAUAAAAAUUGUAUAGAUGCUUAGUUUAUUUAUAUCCAUUUUAAUAAUUCCAUAUUUAUACGAGUUCUUAGUUUCGUUAUCAGUAGAAUAUUGAUAAGUCUUGACGAAAAAUAAAACUGCUGCCUAAAUCAAUUGUAUCAAGUUUAAAAUAUACCUCAUUAGUAUAUACCACAGAAGUGAAUAGUGCUUUUCGCGCGUUCUGAUUGGUUAACUCGG